AUGAUCGAUGAUGAAGCUAACCAUGUUCCAUCACAAGAAGAGGAGGAGGAAGACGAAGAAGAAUAUUACGAUACGAAAGAAUCGUUUGAAGACGACGAUAAUAUCCUCCGUGACGGCAAGCACACGUUUCUUACAAUCCACAAGAUUGGAACCACCCGUCUUUCAUGCGGAACUUCGCCCGUCUACAAAGCCUCCCACGUCGACGACCACGGCCGUCCUCUCGGGUUCGUUUCCCUCAUACGCCUCAACAUAUGGGAAACCUCAAAAUGGUCUUCCCUCGAGUGGAAGGCCCAACUCAACCGACUGUCGGACCACCCCAACAUAUUGUCGAUCCAACGGACCUUCUACGCCCCACCAAUCCACCGCUGCGCGACCUUCCCGCUCAUGGACUUGGGCUCCAUCCGAGGUAUCCUCUUGGCCCGUUUCCCAAACGGCCUACCCGAGCCCUGCAUCCUCUUGGUCCUCCGGGAGACCCUCCUUGGGCUUGCCUCCGUACACGAGGUUGGCGGCGUACACAAGGAAGUCGACGCGGGCCACAUUUUCCUCGACUCGAGAAACGGAAUCAAGCUGGCCUAUCAGGCCUCCUUGUUCGACCUCGACUUGGACAGGGAGAUGCAACACCUGUCGUAUCUGAUUCCAAAUUCCAUCUCCCAUUGGGCCGCGGCCCCCGAGGUGGUCCGUAGGCCCAAGGACUAUUUGCACGAGGGGUACUCGGAGAAGAGCGACGUGUGGUCGGUCGGGAUCACGGCUCUUGAGCUGGCGUACGGGGCCAUUAAGGUGACAAGCAGGCGGGAGCUCGACAGGAUGGUCCGGGAGAUUAGCGCCAAGGGGAGGCUCCCGAGGAGGUCGGAUGAGAUGAUUAACUUUUCCGGGAGGAUCACGAGUGACGAUUCUAAGCACAGCAAGGUGUACUCGAGAUGGUUCGAGUGCAUGGUGGCCGGCUGCCUGCAUAGGAAUCCGAGCAAGAGGCCCAGCGUAAUUGAGCUUCUCCGGUGUGGGGUGUUUGAUUUUUUAGACCAAAGCAGCGCGUAUAGGCAUCAAGCUUUCGACUUGUUGAGGAAAGCUAACCAUGUUCCAUCACAAGAGGAGGAGGAAGACAAAGAAGAAGAAGAAGAAGAAUAUUACGACACGAAAGAACCGUUGGAAGACGACAAAUACAAAUACUACGAUAAGAUCGUCCACCCAUUGUUAAACCACCCCAAUAUCAUGCAUGUCCCACAGAACUUCUACUCCUCACCGAUCCCCUACUGUGUGACCUUCCCGUUCAUGGACUUGGGCUCCAUCCGGGCCGUCCUCUUUGCACGUUUCCCAAAAGGCCUGCCCGAGCCCUGCAUUCUCUUGGUCCUCCGCGAGACCCUCCGUGCGCUUGCUGCCGUGCACUUGUCGGGCCUCGUCCACCAGGAAGUCGACGCGGGCCACAUUUUCCUCGACUCGAGAAACGGAAUCAAGCUCGCCCAUCAGGCCUCCUUGUUCGACCUCGACUCGGUCAGGGGGAUGAUUCGCUUGUCUUAUCUGAAUCCAUCUUCCAUCUCCCAUUGGGCCGCAGCCCCCGAGGUCCGUGGGCCCAAAAACUAUUUGCACGACGGGUACUCGGAGAAGAGUGACGUGUGGUCGGUCGGGAUCACGGCUCUUGAGCUGGCGUAUGGGGCCGUUAAGGUGACGAGCAGGCGGGAGCUCGACAGGAUGGCCCGGGAGAUUAGCGCGAGGCGGAGGCUUCCGAGGAGGUCGGAUGAGAUGAUUAACUUUAUCGGGCACUCGAAGAGGAUCAUCAGGAGUGGCGAUUAUUCUAAGUACAGUAAGGCGUACUCGAGAGGGUUCGAGUGCAUGGUAGCCGGCUGCCUGCAGAGGAAUCCGAGCAAGAGGCCCAGCGUAGAUGAGCUUCUCCGGUGUGGGGUGUUUGAUUUUUUGGACAAGAGCAGUGCGUAUAGGCAUCGAGUUUUCGACUUGUUGAGGAGUUAA